UAAAAGACCAAAAGGCAAAACGACGUCUCUGAAACUACGGUUUGUCUCCUAUCCCGUUCCUCACUUCCCAAGCAUAUUUUUUUCAAAAAUAGUUAAAAAUAACCUCCAUUGCAUUUCUCUUAAUUUUUUCUUGGUUUGCUUAAUAGCUUUUCAUUAUUCUUCUCUCUCUUUUAAUCGAACAUCGAGUGUUGAUUUUUCGAUUUUUUCUCAAAAUUUUUGUUUGAAUAAUUAGAGAAGAUUAAUUGUUUGAAAACUGCGGUGAGCUAAAGCUAUGGGGAGAGGGAAAAUAGUGAUAAGGAGGAUCGAUAACUCGACGAGUAGGCAAGUAACUUUUUCGAAACGAAGGAAUGGAUUGUUGAAGAAAGCUAAAGAGCUCGCGAUCUUGUGCGAUGCUGAAGUUGGAGUAAUGAUUUUCUCCAGCACCGGAAAGCUCUAUGAUUUCUCUAGCACCAGCAUGAAAUCAGUAAUCGAGCGAUACAACAAAACAAAGGAGGAACAUCAACAACAGGAGAAUCCAACCUCUGAAGUCAAGUUCUGGCAAAGGGAGGCAGCAGUUCUUAGACAACAACUGCAAAGCCUGCAAGAAAAUCACAGGCAAAUGAUGGGCGAGGAACUUUCUGGAUUGACCGUAAAAGAUUUACAGAAUUUGGAGAGCCAGUUGGAAAUGAGCCUUCGUGGUGUCCGUAUGAAGAAGGACCAAAUGUUAAUGGAUGAAAUUCAAGAACUGACCAGAAAGGGUAAUCUCAUACAUCAAGAAAAUGUGGAACUCUAUAAGAAGGUAAACCAAAUUCGUCAAGAAAACACAGAAUUAUAUAAGAAGGUUUACGGAACAAGGGAUGUCAAUGGUGCAAACAAAGAAUUGGUAGUCACAAAUGGUCCAAGCAUUGGGGAGGACAUACACGUGCCUGUCCAUCUCCAGCUAAGCCAGCCACAGCAGCAAAACUAUGAAACACCAACAAGAGCUACAAAAUUGGGAUUGCAAUUGCAUUAGCAAAAGAAGAUGCAUUAAAGUGGGCUUGGAUGUCAUUCAAUUUGUAUCAACAAAUAGCUCCUGGUUCCAAAAGUUAUGCUUCUCAUAGUAAGAUGUUUUAUGCUAAAGCCACUGAUCAUUCAGCCAAAAGAAAAAUUGGUUUGAAAAUGAUUAAAAAAAUGAAAUUUAGCACGAGUGUGUUGAUCAAAAAAAUCAGCUAGUUAUGUAAAGAUAAAUUAAGUGUAAUAAAGAAAUAUAAUAUGAAGGAGAAA